AUGAAUAUUACCGCCGAGCAAGCUGAAAGGUCUCAUGAGACCAAAUCGGAUAUGAUGCUGGGGGUUUCGGUGUUGUUGAUGGUUCUAGGGUCUGCCUUCGUUGCUGUACGACUUUGGUGCAGAAACCUUAUCAAGUCAACUGGACGCGAUGAUAUAGCCUCCGUACUUGCUUUGGUCAGUGUCGCGGAACGACACAGGUUAACACCUUCAGUGACGAGAUACGGUCUCGGACGGCACGACUGGACAUUAUCUAUUGAUCAAGUAGCCCUGUACGGAAGGUACCUCCGCAUCAUGAACGUUUCACGUAUGCGCUGGGUAUAUAUCGGCACUAUGAUAUUCAUCUCGAUAUGGAGUCCCAUGCAAGUAGUGGCCAUCUCUCUGUCCUGCAUCCCACUCCAAGCUUUUUGGGACCCGAGGAUAAAAGGAAAGUGUUUCGAACACCAGACGUUGAUGUGGUAUAUCAACGCGAUAGUUCAUAUUGUCAUGGACUUUGCUCUUAUAGUGCUGCCUCUUCCCAUCGUCUGGAGAUUGAAAUUACCCCUGUCUCAGAAGUUUUGGCUUUCUGGCAUUUUUGGAUUGGGUAUCUUUACUAUUGCGAUUUCCAUCCUUCGGCUGCAAUGGCUCACACCAGAACCAGACAUCACGUGGUGGAACGUCACCGCAGCAUCAUGGUCCAUGGCAGAACUUGUCUCGGGUAUCGCAUGUUCUUGCCUCCCGACUUACAAACCUCUUCUCAACAAAGUCAAGAGCUUGAUUCCGUCUCUCAAAUAUGGAGAAAGCACACACAGUCUGCACGGUGUGGUUACCGAUGAUUCGGGUAGGACCAUCGUUAUGACUUCGGAAGAUGCACCCUAUGGAAGUAGACCAGCGGUACCAAAUAGUAUGCUCACAUACGGGACUGAAACGAACAUCACAGCGUCAAAGAGUGUCUAUACAGAUGAGAGAAAGUUGAGGAAGUCUUCAAAGUCUAGCAUACGUAAAGGUGAAGAGUGUUAG